AAUCAACGUUAGCUAAAUCACAUGAUUCAGUUAACACGGAAUUAAUUGAAAUACAGCCAUCAGAAACUUCAGAAACAGAAUCAUUAGAAACAGAACCUAUUGAAACAAAAUCUUCAAAAUCAUCAGAUCUAGUUGGAUCAAAAACUUCAGAAACAGAAUCAUUAGAAACUGGUUCAUCAGGAUCAAAAACUUCAAAAUUAAAAUCAUCAAAAUCAUCAGAAUCAUUAGAAACUGGUUCAUCAGGAUCAAAAACUUCAAAAUUAAAAUCAUCGAAAUCAUCAGAACCAACUGAAACUGGUGUUCCUUCGUGCCCUCGAACUACAUCAAUUUCUAGUGGACCUGUAAAAAAAUACAUUAUGAAACUUUCUUCUAAAAAAGUAGCACAUAAGCAUUAUACAAUAUUAGAAAAGUGCUUUAAUAAAGUUGUUGAAACAAAUAAUAGUCUUUCUAAACGUGAUAACAAAGCUCAACCUAAAAAUAAAGUCAUUCCAUUCACAAUUGGAAAUUAUACUGGUUAUUUAGCAUUCUUUCCUUCUGAUGUCGCAGCGGAAUUAAAUAAAUUGGACGCAAUUGAUGAGGUCAUAGAAGAUAUUCAAGUUAGUCUUGCUGAUAAUUGCUAUUAUGAAUCUCAAGAUGUCUCUUCUGGUCUUGGACUACCUGUAUAUGGUUAUUAUAACUAUCCUGGUAGUGGGGGUGAAGAUGUAACUAUUUAUGUUGUAGACAC